AUGGCACAUCAGAAUGCUUUUGAUAGCGAAAGUACUGUGAUUAAACAUACAACCAACUUCACUGAAACAAUGAUCAAUGCUGAUCAGACUAAUCGAAAGCCUAACGAAUAUGUACCCUAUCCUCAUAAAAAUUCCAACGAUCCAUUGGGUGAGCUUCAUCGACAAGUGAACAUGUUCUCUGCUGCACAUAUAUAUGAUCAAAAUGGCUGGGCAUUUGUACCAAAUGUUCCAAUUCAUAUCGUAUCAAUAGUUGCCAAACAAGCAAGCACUACUUCUACCGGGUUGCCUAAUCUUCAUUCAUACCAAGUUACAAUUCAGCAUGGUCCAUUUGAAUGGAGAAUCUGCAAAAUGUAUGAGCAUUGCAAUGAUUUACACAAUGAGCUCACGAAAUCUGUUGGAAACAAGACAAGAGAUUCAACCAGUGCUUUAAGCAAAGUAGAAUAUGAAAACAAUGAAUGGCCAAGUCUACCAAUAGCUAAAGGUAAAUUGACAAUUGUCAAUGACAAUAUCGAUCAUGAAUUUUGUCAAAUACUCUGUGACUAUCUCAAUAAAGUUGUUAGGCAUCCAAAAUGUCGUAAUCAUCCAGCUACGAUCAUUGAAAAUGUUGUCGAAGAAAACGAUCCAAAUGAUGAAAAACAUCAAGCAGCCAUGGAUAUCAAAAAUCGAUAUUUCAUUGGUAAAGAUUAUUUUAAUCUGUACGAAAAAAGUAUUGAAGCUGUUAAAAGAUAUGAUGAAGAGGUCAAUUCAUCAUCUGAAAUCGGUGGUCAAGCUGGCUUUAAUGCAGGUGAUGGUAUUAUUUAUGAAAUGUUACCCUAUUCCCGAACCAGUUAUGUUCGUCGAUUAGUAAAUACAAGUAAUGUCAAUGUUCCUGGUCUCUUUGUUUUUCGAAUUGAUUCCGAUACAAUUGCUAUCGGUGGCUGUGGUAAUGAUUCAAAUUUGUUAUUUCGACCACGCCGUGGAUCUCAACUUGGUUUUACAGCAAUUACUAUUCAAGGCCCAUGUUUCACAAAUACAAGUGAAGGUGAUAUUAAAUGUCGAUUUGGUGAAUCAAUGAUAGUUGAUGCUAUUGUUAUCAGUGAAUUUCAAGCUAUUUGCCUUACACCAUCUGUAUCAUUACCUACUUUUAUUAAUGUUUUCUUAAGUACUGAUAGAGGUAUUACAUAUCAAUUAUUUUCGAAUACAUUUACUUAUACGCCAGUUGAAUAUGGACUUUCUUCAGCAGAUAAUGCUCAAGUAAUUAUUCUCAAUUAUACAGAUAUGAUUGUAACAAUAGGUGAUCACCUUAUUCUGGGAUGGUAUUUAUCAGAAACAACAAUGAAUAAUUGGCCGAAUAAUAGAAUGCGACUUGAGAUACAAAUGUGUAGUGUUACAUUAAACGAAUCAAAUGGUGGUAUUACAGAAAAUAGUCAUAUUGUACUUCAAACAAAUCUUAUACCCAUAUUAGGUUUUCAAUCAACAUCGAUUAUCAUCCCAUCAAUUGGUAAUAGUGAUCUUCCAACAGUAUUUUUUCGUAUUAUAGCACGUGAUAAUUUGACAAAUACAGUUUAUACUGGUUUUAAUUCUCAAUUAAUUGUGUUACAUGAUACUACCAUAGAUACUUCGAAUUAUUGUCAAACGUGGAUAGAAGAACAGCCAUCACCAUCAACAUGGAAUGAAAAUUUAUUACCUUGUCCAUUAACCAUUGCCCAAGCACGUGUUGCACGUUGUUGUUAUGAACCAGACCCCUUAUGUAUGGAAAAUAGUUAUGAUUCAUCAAUUAAUUGUCGUCUUCGUCGAGGGCAACCUAAUCGUGAUGAAUUAUCAGCUGUUGCUUGUUAUUUAUCACGUUCAACCAAUCAACGGAACGCAGGUACUCAAUGCUGUUAUGAUAGUAAUGGUCAACUGAUAACUCAUGGGACAAGUUGUAGUCGUCAACAACGAAGAUUGGCUGUCAGUCGAAGUCAACGACGCCUUCUCUUUUCCAUGCAUCUAUUUCUUAUCUGGUUUCUUGCUACAUGGUCACCUUGGGUCUUCUACGACUUUUUCCAAACAACUUUGAAUCUUACCUAUUCAGUUUACAUUGAUGCGAUAACAACAUUUAUCGUCUAUUUAAAUUACACAUUUAGUUCAACAAUCGUUAUUAUUACCUUCAAAGAGUUUCGACAAUACUGUCUUCGCAAGAUUGGCAUCGCAAAACCUUCUAUUGCAUUUCAAAAUCGUGUUGCACCAGCUCAAACAGUUCAACGUGUGACAGAAGCUCAUUGUAUUGCUGUUGUUUCGACAUGUAUAAAAUAA